AUGGACAUGGACACGACACCGGCGCCCUACGGCGACCCCGCCACCGCCGGCCCGGGUUCAACGACCAUGCCGGCCUCCUCGCCGUCAGCCAACAUCCCUUCCUUCGAGUCACACCCCUCUGCAGCAGCCGCCGUCGGCCAAACAGCGGCACAAGCAGCACUGGGCGCCUCCAAUGCCGCAGGCACCGCCCAGAGUCGACCAUGUGACAUAUGUCGUCAGCGCAAGACGCGCUGCGUCCGCGAGGAGGGCCGUGAUAAGUGCGUCAUGUGCUCCUUUCACGGCCAGCCGUGCACAUAUCUCCGCGGGCCGCUCCCGCGCAAGCGCCGGAAGGCCACCGAUCCCCCGGAACAUCGCCCCUCGACCAAUGGUUCCGUCUCUGCAACCUCUGGUCCUCCACCUGCUCCCGUCCCGCUGGAUCCCCAGGAUGAGAUAACGCAUCCGUCUCCCGAACUGCUUGAGGCCCUGUCACCGUCUCUCGCCGGUUCGGAACACCACGUAACAUUCAACCAACCCGUCUCCCUCCUAGACGGCACCCUCGGUCUCCAUCUCAAGACCCAUUCCCAAUACGUCGGCAACACAGACUACCGGGAACCCUCCCUCCUAGACCUCCAUCGUCCCCAAGACCCGGCUAUUAGGUUCGUCCGCCGCCUCGACGACUCAACCGUCUUCCUCAUCCACCGCGACCGCGAGACCUCGUCAGAACCCCAACGAAUAGCCGACCUCGACGCCAUAGAAAAGGUCGUCCACCCACUCGGCUCGACCCUCGUCAACCUCUACUUCCGCAUCGUCCACCCUAGCUUCCCCAUCCUCCACAAAAAGGUCUUUCUAGAGAAAUACGCCCGCUCUUACCAUGAGUUCUCACCGCCCCUCCUCGCCGCCGUCUACCUCCUGGCCCUCGACUGGUCCUUGUACGACCGCACUCUCGCCACCUCAUCGUGGCAGCCAGACCAGGCCGCCCUCGAGGCCCUCGCCCUCCGCACAAUGAGCGACGACAUGAAGCGCCCCAAGAUCUCCACCCUCCAAGCCGGCCUCCUCAUCCAGCAGCGCUUCCGCAAUAACACCUGGACCUUCACCGCCCAGCUCAUCGCCCUCGGCCAGGGGCUCGGCCUCCACGUCGACUGCAGCGACUGGGCCAUCCCGGACUGGGAAAAGGGCCUGCGCCGCCGCCUCGCCUGGGCUCUGUUUAUGCAAGACAAAUGGGGUGCCCUCGUCCACGGCCGGCCCUCGCACAUCCGCCUCGACGAGGACUGGGACGUCCGGCCGUGCUGUAUCGAGGAUUUUCCUGAGAACGCCGCCGAUGAGGAACACGAUCCCGAGGGCAGUGCCGAGGUCGUUGUCGGGCGUGAGCUGUUCCUGCGGCAGAUUGAGCUGUCUCUCAUCCUUAGUGACGUGCUCGGCACGUUUUACACGGCCAAGGCGACCCGCCGCGGUGGCACUCUCGACCAGAUCGGCACCGUGGGCGUCGCCGAGCUCGCGAAACCUAUUGUCAUGAUGCUACGGGAGUGGUACGCGAAACUCCCUGAAGCCCUCCAGCUCCAAGAGACACGACUCAAAAAGCUCUCUGCGAAUGGCUCCCUCCACCUCUCCUACAUCUCAAUAGACCUCGCCCUCCACCGCUCCCUCGUCCGCAACGUCUCCUCCAACGCGCCCGACUCCCUCCGCCACGCCAUCCGCACCGGCGCCCGCGCUCGCCUCGCAAACGCCUCCAACAUCAUCUCGAAUCUGCAAAUGGAGCACAUCCAGUCCUUUUGGGGCUUCGCCGCCUCCGCCCAGCUCGCCGCCAUCGGCUCCUUUGCGGGGCUGCUGUGGGCCACUUCGGACGACGACGCCGAGGCCAUGUACUACGCCGACCGCGUCGAGGAGUACCUCUGGAGCCUGCGCGUCCGAGCCCAGGCGGCGCCGUUUGCGAGGGAGGCGUUGAGGAUGUUGGAGGCUGAUGUGGGCGGGUUGGGGGCUGUGAGGGCUUCUGCGGAGAUUAAGAUCUAA